GAAGCCCAUUCAUCUGUGCACUUGGGCGUUGGACUCCGCAUCUUAUUAGCAACCAGGGAGAUUUCUCCAUUUUCUCCUUGUCUACAGUACGGCUACAAAUCUGGGAUUUUUUAUUACUUCUUUUUUACUAAACUUGGGCUUUUUUUUUUUUUUUUUUUUUUAAGAAAAAAAAGCUCGACUUUUUUCCUCCUUUUUUUCCCCCCCCCUCCCUCCUGUGCUGCUGCUGCUGCUUUUUUAUUUGAUCUCUUCAACUCAAUAUUUUUAAUAUAAUUUUUAUAUAUAUAUUUUUAAAGAAGGAGUGCGUUAUAAUCGCUUCUGUUCUCUCCUUUUUUUUUUCCGCCCCCCCCCCCGACUCGACCCCCCUUUUGGUGUGUGUGUGUGUCGCUGCCGCUGCCGGUCGCCCGCUAUUUAUACCGACUCGACGCUCUUUGUUUCCCCCUCCUUUUGGAUCUGUUGAGUUUCUUUGUUGAAUAAGCCAGCAUGGGUGCCCAGUUCUCCAAGACCGCUGCGAAAGGCGAAGCCGCCGCCGAGAAGCCCGGAGAAGCGGUGGCCGCGUCUCCCUCCAAGGCGAAUGGACAGGAAAACGGCCACGUGAAGGUGAACGGCGACGCCUCCCCCGCGGCGGCGGAGGCGGGCAAGGAGGAGGUGCAGGCCAACGGCAGCGCGCCCGCCGAGGAGACGGGCAAGGAGGAGGCGGCCUCGUCGGAACCCGCCUCCGAGAAGGAGGCGGCCGAGGCGGAAAGCACCGAGCCGGCCUCACCGGCGGAGGGAGAGGCUUCUCCCAAGACUGAGGAGGGCGCGACCCCCUCGUCCAGCAGCGAGACCCCGAAAAAAAAAAAGAAGCGUUUUUCCUUCAAGAAGUCCUUUAAGCUGAGCGGCUUCUCCUUCAAAAAGAACAAAAAGGAGGCCGGCGAGGGGGCGGAGAGCGAGGGCGGCGCCGUCGCCGCGGCCGAGGGCGGCAAGGAGGAAGCGGCGGCGGCCGCGGCCCCCGAGGCGGCGGGCGGCGAGGAGGGCAAGGCCGCGGCCGAGGAGGCCAGCGCGGCCGCCGCCGGCAGCGCCGAGGCGGCGAAGGAGGAGGCGGGGGACUCGCAGGAGGCCAAAUCGGACGAGGCGGCCCCCGAGAAGCCGGCGGGAGAAGAGGCCCCGGCGGCCGAGGAGCAGCAGCAGCAGGAGAAGGCGGCGGAGGAGGCCGGAGCCGCCGCCUCCGCCACGAGCGAGGCGGGCAGCGGCGAGCAGGAGGCGGCCCCCGCGGAGGAGCCGGCGGCGGCGCGGCAGGAUGCCCCGUCCGAGAGCAGUCCGGAGGGCACCGCCGAACCGGCCGAGUAAGAGCCGCCGCAGCCCCGCGCCGACGAACUUUUCUCCCCCUGUUUGUUUGUUGGAGUGGUGCCAGGUACUGGUUUCGGAGAACUUGUCUACAACCAGGGAUUGAUUUAAAAGAUGUCUCGUUUCUUUUUUUUCUCUCCCCGCAGAUUUCCCAUCUCAAAUCAUUCUGUUACCACCAUUCCAACGGGCGAAGGAGGGCCUCGUCGCCUCCCUCCGCCUCCUUCCUUCUCUCCUUUUUUUUUUUUUCCUUUUUAAUUUUUUUUUUUUUUUUGCAUCAGUAUUAAAUGUUUUUUCGAUAUUUUUUUCCUUUUUUUUUAAUUUUUUUUAAAUUUUUUUGCAUACUUUGCAUCUUUAUUCGAAACGUCAGCUUUUCUUUUGUCAAGUCUGUGGACGCGCCCAUAUAUGAAGGAGAUGGGUGGGUCAGAUAAGGGAUCUCGAUGAAGUGAUUAAGGGGCCACAGUGGGGAAUCCGUGGCGCAUCCAUUGCCAAGAACGUGCCACGAGACACGAUGUGAGGGGUUAGUCUUUUUUUAAAAGAAAGUUAUUACGAUGUAUUUUGUGAGGCAGAUGUUCUAUAAGGUUUACAACACUACAAGUCUUGAUUAAGAAGGAAAGGAAAAAAAAAAAAGAUAAAAAAUUAAAAAAAAAUAAAAUAAAAAAAAAAUCAAUACCCAGAUAAAGAGAUCAUAGUCUUAGGAAUUCAUUUAAACCAUAGGAACUUUUCACUUAUCUCAUGUUAGCUGUAUCAGUCAGUGAUUAAGUAGAAAUACAAGUUGUAUAGGCUUUAUUGUUUAUUGCUGGUUUAUGACCUUAAUAAAGUGUAAUUAUGUAUUACCAGCAGGGUGUUUUUAACUGUGACUAUUGUAUAAAAAAACAAAUCUUGAUAUCCAGAAGCACAUGAAGUUUGCAACUCUUUCCACCCUGCCCGUUUUUCUUUUGUAAAACUUGCAGUCAUCUUUGGACCUUUUAAAACACCGAUUUUCAACUCAACCAAGCUGUGAUAAGUGGAAUGGUUACUGUUUAUACUGUGGUAUGUUUUUGAUUACAGCAGACGACGCUUUUCUUUUCCAGUUGUCUUUGAAAAUAAAGGAAAACUUCAGAUGCAAUGGGGUAUUUUUUUUUUUUUCGGGGUAUAUUUUUUCUUUUUUUUUGUAUUUUUUUUUCUUGUGUAGCAUCUUGUCUAUCAUGUUGGGUUUUUUUUUUUUUUCUUUUUUUUUGUAAAUACUGGAGAAGCUUUGACCAAUUUGACUUAGAGAUGGAAUGUAACUUUGCUUACAAAAAUUGCUAUUAAACUCCUGCUUAAGGUGUUCUAAUUUUCUGUGAGCACACUAAAAGCGAAAAAAAAAAAUAAUAAAUGUGAAUAAAAUGUAUAAUUUGGUCGUGUUUCUUUCAUGGAUACUCUGGUAGCUUCAAUGGGCUGCUGUUGCCUAAAUUUGUAGAGAGAAAGAGAUGCAGCUUGCUGUUGAAAGCUGCCUUCCUAAUCCCAGGCUCUGUAAGGUUGUGCUUAUAGCAGUGGGCUGGGUAAGCUGUAGCUUUCCCGGUCCUAAUAGGAGAACUGGAAGGCAGGCUGAGCACGCACGGCGUGUGAUGUUGCUGUCCAGGCUCCAUCUUGCUUUAAGACCAGAGGUAUCCAGCACGUGAGAUUCUGGCCUCUUGAGGAAAAUGAGAUGUAAUUGGAAUUGCCGAGUGUGGGGCGCCCGUUUCUUUUCAUGUGCUGAGUUGUUUGAAAAUCAAGCUCUUGGACAGACGUCCCUGUUUAUGUCUCUUAGUAUGCUGUCCCUACUUAGGUACCUAGAUGAUUAGCUCAAAAACUUUAGCCUGGAGGGAGAAAGGGGGGUAUUAACACUGCCAUUCUGCUCAAGGUGAUUAAAAGCAAUAUUUUCUCUCUUUUAUUUUUUUCCUCAAGUGCUACUCCCAACUGCAGGUGAGUUAACGAAACAAAUUCCAAGAUCUGUCUAUAAAAACAAUCACUUGGUGCUUGCCUUUAAUUGUUAGGCUUUUUUGGCUAAUAUCCAGCAUUUUGCUCAGGGCAUAUUAUGCCUUAAUAAAACGGUGGGCUCAUGUAAGGAAAGCACUAGUGGUAUUUUUGGAGGGUGGAAAUUGAUUCAAGAAAAGUGUUGCUUCUAAGUUUAUAGGAGGAAAGUUUAGUGUUACACUUAUUUGCUUCCACCUAAAUUUUCAGCGGAAACUCUUUGGAAGCAAUUAUGAUUCAUUUUAUGAGAAAAUGGCACGUUAGCACCUUGUUCCCUAAAGAACAAAGCCUAAACUGAAUGAAGUAUAGUAGAUUUCCUGCUGAAUGCGUACUUUAUUUUUUUUGCCUUUCUUUUUCUUUUUUUUUUUUUCUUGGUUUUUUUUUUUUUUAAUUCGACUGUCUACCAUUUUAACUUUGGCUUGUAUGUACUCUAGUUGCCCUGGUAUUUCUCUAUAGCUUUAGAAAUGUAUUGAAACUAUGCUAUAAUUGCUGAGGGACAAAAAUAAAUGGAUGUAAAACAAGAUCCUCCACACCAGUGUCAUUCUUGGAGUACAUGUGUUUGAAGUCUAGUGCAUAACUGCUUUGCUAAGGGGUUUUUAUAACAUGGCUGUAAAAACCUGUUCUAAGACGCAUGAUGUCUUGGCCAUAGAGUCAAUGUCUCUUUUUAAUAAAUAUAUAUAUUUAAAUCCAA